UCAUAUUCUUCCACGCUAGUAUAGGAGGACUGUUGUUAUGGAUUCAAGUAAUAUUAUCUUAGGACAUUCCGACUAUUUUUUCCGUGACAUUACAUAUAAUCUUUUAAUUUGGUAAUCAUGGAAACCAAUGGGUGCAUCCAAAGUCUUGAGUUAUAUAGUAUUGAGGAUUAAAUUGGUUGUGUCACUCGUCGAAUUAAUAACGCUCUCUUAGUCCGUGGUCGGUCUGUCACUGUUUGAAUGCAACAAAAGGUGUCAGAAUUUGAACCAAAGUGAUAGGCAGAUAUGCACUUAUUAGUAAUAUAUUAUGCAAACGAUUUUUUUCUCCCUUUAAGUAUUUGUACGAAAAUAUUAAAUCUGACAUUUUGUGGUUUAUUUUUCUUGCAGAUCACUUGAAAGCCCAAAAACGAUAUAAGUAUAAACGGAAGACAUUAACAUUAUUGGAUUUGGUCUUAUACUUGAGCACGUAAAGUGGAAUUAACGACGUCUAAGAGUCAGAAAGUUAAAAUUUCUAAGGUGAAAAGAAACACGAAUUCUGGAUAUUUUAGCAUUUGACAUUGGCCUUUCGAAAGAGAUUUGAGGAUCACCUGUCAUUGACAGUUGUGAAGUGUUUUAUCGAGAUACCAAGUUAUUUCUCAGUGAUUUUGGAGUACCUAUAUCAUCGUCAUGUAAAGCGAUAACGUGUAACUCACCUUCAAUUUAAAUAACCUGGACUUAUACUGGGAUAAUUUAGAAGUUAGUGACAUAUUUUACACACUUAAUGUAAUGAUGGAUUGUUCUCACGAGGAGCAUAAAAUGAGACUAAGCCCUCUACCCAACAAGUGGUCGGAAGCAUCCAGACAUCUAUAUAGAUCUGGUAUUGAAAAUCGUCAAAGUUUCCACAAAAAUCUGCCGAAGUGUUCACAAGACGAUUCUAUAGUUUCUUACGGACAUUACGAUACAAUAGCUAGAAAAAGUAGGUGUUUAAAUUGUUGUGAUAGAGAAAUAGAAAGGAAGUAUUGGUCAGACCGUUCUUAUAAUACUCGACAAAGCCAUCAUAGAACUAAUAAAAAGUGUUUAGAGAAGUGGAUUACAUUUAUACAAAGUUCUAAAAUGGUUCGUCUUGGAGGAAGGAUUCUUUUAUUUGUUAUUUUAGUGUCAGUGUUUGGAAUUAUAUUUGGAGGCUCCUUUUCUUCACGAGUCAGUGACUCGGACAAAAUUCAUCUCGGGGAAGAAGCAAAAUUAGUAAUGCACAAAAUCCAACCGGUAGGAUCAAGAGUUUUUCACGAGCACGUAAAAAAUGUGUCGAAAUACCAUAUGCACAAUUAUCACGACAUGUUAAGAAUAUUUUUCAAAAAUCCAAGUGACAAAGAAAUAGACUUGUUUCUCAAAAGAAAGACAUUGAAAGACAUUCUGCCUGAAGAUGAUUUUUCCAAACGAGAUUACAAUUACGUCAACGACGAAGCUUAUUAUCCCUUCGAUCCGUUAGACCUUGCUGACCAAGCCGAGCAGCAUUAUACACAUGUAUUAGAUCACCCGUAUUCAUCCUGUCAUGAACCAAAACCGGAAGUGAUAUACAUUCCACCGGAAGGACAUAAGAAGUUCAUUCCGGAAUAUACUAUUCUUCAUCGAUGUAGAAAUACAACCGGGUGUUGUUGGGAUAAAUCUCAGACUUGUGCUGUUAAAAACCUGGAAAUCGUCACACGAAGUUUCUUUGUUGUAGACAUGCUCUCUGAUGAUACAAUUGUACCAAACGAGGUAGAGCAACAGUUCCUCAUCAACCAUACAUCGUGUCAUUGUCAGCUGAUUAAUCCUCAACCAGGAUGUGAUCAACAAUGUCCGCAUCCAUUCCGGAAGGUUAGAGCAGGAGACACAUGCACUUGCGAAUGUCGGCACGACAGACUGCCGUGUCUCGAGAUCAAGUGGGGAAUCGAACCUUUAAGCACGGAAAGUUUCAAUUGUGUUAAAGAGAAACGCUGUAUGCAACCAACAUGCCAAGAUGGACAGUUUGAUAUGAGGAAAGGGUUUUGCCCAGGUACAAAUGAGCCAUAUCCUUACAGGAAACGGCGGAAUGUCCAAAGGUAGACGAUGACGUCACAGCGUGUUACUGCCUACCUCAUCACAAGUCGUAGUCACGUGACUGAAAAAAGUACCUUCAUUCAUCAAAAUGUGUUCCAUAAACUAUUUAUUUAUUAUAUUUCAUUUUCAUUAGUACAAACAACGUUGUGAUGAGUCUAGUCAACGGACAUGCGCGAAGUUAUAAGUGCCAAAGUUUCCACGUGCCUCGACGCGAGGCGAAAGAAGCGGAUCAAGUCCGCCAAGGUUCUACAGGGUUCUAAAGCUGAAAUCUGCAUUUGUGUUUAUCUAAUCAAGAUAUUUAAUGGAGCUUUUCGUAAUUAUUUAUUAAACUUUUUACACGUAAGACAAAGAUCAACUGACGGAUGAUAAUCAACCCGUGGACUGAAUUUUGAACCACACCGUCCCUUACAAACAGUCCCACCACCACUUUGCGUCUACAGGGAAUAAUUUUUUGGUUCAUUCACUCAGACGUUGAUUCGAAGGUUUGAUCUCAGGAUUAAAGGAAGACACAAAUUUCGCUGUAAGAAUUCUCGUCAUAGAUAUUAUAGGACACUAUAUUAUUCUACCGAACAGAAACGUCACGAAUUAUUGAAUCUCACGAUUAUUGUUACUCUCGAAAAAAAAUAGUCCACGAUAUGUAUACAUUUUUACGUUACGUAUUGUAAAUUUUGUCCAUUGUGUCCAUUUUUUUAUCUUAAGUGUCACUCAUUUAGUUUGUAUAUUUAAGUACUAUAAAUUAAUAGAAUGCAUAAAUCAUGAGAUUACUUCGUUAUGAUCACGUGAUUCUCUUUAGAGAAAACAUAACAGAUCCUUAAGAAACUUGCAUUGAAAAACUUAAUUAAGGCAAUUCAUUAUAAUUCCAAUUAGACAAAAUUCCCAUCAAUCUUCAUUUUAUAAUUCUGAUUUUGUUUUUCGAUUUGAAUUUUGAAUGGAUAACUCAUUUUUUUACUUAAGAUUCAAUA